CAGGCAAUAUUUGUCCUGAUUAACCACCUAAUCUAUCUAGAUUCUUGCCUAAGCCUAGACUGUCUCUAAAUCUAGAUCUAGAUUUUUCUAGUUCAUAUUUAGAUCUAGACAAUAUAACGUUUAUAUUUCACGUGUAUUGAUGUACAAGUACUAACUGUCACUACUACGGUAAUAAUUCAGUUAAAAAGAUGGAUCACACACCAUUCAAACAUAAAAGAACGACACUGGAAAGGGCCGAAAAGUUUAUUUCAACAAUUUAUUUUACAGAUGUUAACCUGAGAGGAAGGUUAUAUACAGAGCGUACUUCUCUAGCGUCUAUAAAACAUUAUGCAGCACCUGAUAGAAUUACAUUCCAACAAGCUAUGGAAGGGAAUUUCCAACAAGCAAACAUUGGCCAGUCUUUUGGACCUGUUUGGAGCACACACUGGUUUGAACUUAAACUCAACAUCCCAGCAUCAUGGAAAGAAAAGGAAGUUCACCUUCUUUGGAACUCUGGGACAGAAGCUUUGGUUUGGGUGAAUGGUGAACCCCAACAGGGUCUGAGCGCAGACAAUGACAGAAUCAGUUACAUAAUUUCCCAUAAACUAGAUUCUUCUGAGUUACAUAAAACAAUCUACAUUGAGAUGGCUUGCAAUCAUUUGUUUGGCAUUGGUAACAGUGCACUGGUGAAACCAGAAGACGAUUUAAAGACUUUCACGCUAUGCCAGGCUGAAGUGGCUUUGUUUGAUAGAGAUGUGUUCAACCUCAUUCUAGAUGUGGAGACACUACACGAUAUCGCCAAGGAACUGCCUGAUGAAGAUCAACGAGGCUAUCAAGCUUUAUACACUGUUAAUGACAUGAUCAACCAUCUGAAUGUAGCUGACAAAAGUACUUUUAGAAAAGCUCAAGAAAUAGCUCAACAUUUCUUCAGCCAGAGAAAUGGACAAAGUCAACACACUGUGUAUGCCAUGGGUCAUGCUCAUAUUGACACAGCCUGGCUUUGGCCUUAUGCUGAAACUAUCAGGAAAUGUGCAAGGUCAUGGUCGUGUACCUUGCGUCUGAUGGAAAAGUAUCCAGACUUUAAAUUUACAUGUUCUCAGGCUCAGCAGUAUUCCUGGGUAAAAGACAAUUAUCCCAGCAUCUGGAAAGACAUUUGUCAUUACGUGCAUAAGGGUCAGUUUAUUCCUGUUGGUGGUACCUGGGUGGAGAUGGAUGGAAAUAUCCCUAGUGGAGAAGCUUGCAUUCGUCAAUUUCUUUAUGGCCAGCAGUUUUUCAAACAAGAAUUCGAUGUGGUCUGCAAAGAGUUUUGGCUUCCAGACACCUUUGGUUAUUCAGCUCAGUUCCCACAAAUCAUGCGUCACUGUGGAGUCAGCAGGUUCCUCACUCAGAAGCUAAGUUGGAGUCUUGUUAAUAAAUUUCCUCAUCACACAUUUCACUGGGAAGGACUUGAUGGCUCCUCCAUACUAGCUCACUUUCCCCCAGGUGACAGCUACCACAUGACAGGGAAAGUCAAUGAGCUGCUAAAAACAGUCAGAAACUUCAAGGACAAGGGGAGGUCCAACCGUUCAGCUUUUCUCUUUGGAUAUGGUGAUGGAGGUCAUGGGCCAAGUGAGGACAUGCUGGGUAGACUGGCCAGACUUUCAGACUGUGAUGGCUUGCCUAAGGUAAAACUGUCUGGAUCAGAUGAAUUUUUUUCUUCCAUUGAACAAGAAAACCAGAACAUGCUGUGCAAGUGGAGGGGGGAACUUUAUCUAGAGCUACAUAAUGGAACAUACACAACAUGGGCCAAGGUGAAGAAGUACAAUCGUCAGUGUGAAAUCUUGCUACAAGAACUGGAGACUGUAUGUACUUUGGCAAGGGUGACAACUCCAGAUUUCACUUAUCCCAAAGAAGAGAUUGAAAGACUGUGGAAACUGCUGUUGUUAAAUCAGUUCCAUGAUGUUCUACCUGGCAGCUCCAUAAAUCUGGUUUUUCUUGAUGCUAUAAAGUAUUAUGAAGACAUAGAGAAGACAUCAACCAGUCUUAUGAAGAAGGCCUUGAAAGCCUGCAUAAAGUCAAAUGUAAAAGACGAUUCUCAAACUGGAAAUCAAGUUGAAGUCUAUGUUGUCAACACCCAAGCUUACUCCAGGCAGGAAGUGAUGAAUAUACCUCCAGCCAAACUGACCUCUCCUAUAAUGAAGAAGAGGAGAGUCUCAGCCAACAGUAUAGACAUUUAUGCAGAUGGGGUUCAACUUGUGCAAGUUUCAAUCCCUGGCUUGUGUGUUUUGCCAUUAAGUCAAUGUAUUGUUAAAGAUGAGAUUAAGGGAGACAAUAAGCUCCAACUACUGAAAGAGGAUGACCAUUACAUUUUGAGCAAUGAAUAUGUUAAGGCUGUCAUUGACCCGUUGGGUCGUGUUACCUCAUUAACUUGUUACAAUAAACAGACUGGCAGGUGGUCUAAAGAAACUAUUGACCAUCAGCACCCAGCCAAUCAGUUCCUACUGUAUGAUGAUGUGCCUCUCUACUGGGAUGCAUGGGAUGUGAUGGACUAUCAUUUAGAAACCAGAAAACCCUUAUUGACUCCUAUUCAGAGGGUUAUUAAAGGUGAACAUUCCAGUUCACUCAGGAUUUCUUUAGAGACCAGUCUAAAGAUAAGUGACCAAAGUUAUCUGAGACAAGAAAUAGUCCUGGAUGCUGAUACUCCCUACUUGGUGUUUAACACAGAGGUCACCUGGCAUGAGAAUCGCAAGUUUCUUAAAGUUGAAUUCCCAACAACAAUUCAUGCAAAUGAGGCAACGUUUGACAUUCAGAGUGGGCACCUGAAGCGUCCAAACCAUUACAAUACUUCCUGGGACUCUGCAAAGUUUGAGGUUUGUGGUCACAAGUGGGUAGACUUGUCAGAGUAUGGCCUUGGUGUUAGUAUUCUAAACAACUGCAAGUAUGGUCAUUCAGUGAUAGAUGGCAUCAUUAGGUUAUCUCUACUUAGAUCUCCAAAAUCGCCAGAUCCAAAGGCAGACAUGGGAGUGCACACAUUUUCUUAUGCACUCAUGCCACACUGGGGGAAUUUCCAAGAAGCAGACGUGAUUCAAAAUGCCAUAAGUUUCAACUGUCCUUUACAACUUAUCAGUGCUCCAUCCGCACAGCUUAGCAAUAUUGUUAGUCAGGGAUUGUUUACAUUAGAUACCAAGCAAGUCGUAAUUCAAGCCAUCAAAAUCGCUGAAGACUGUAGUUCCACUGUUAUCCUACGUCUUCAUGAAGCUUACGGUGGUAGUACCCAAGUUAAGAUAACCUCACCUAUUGACCUCCAUGAAGUGCAUGCUUGCAACGGGCUGGAGGACUCACUACAGGAUAUAGACAGGGAAGUGGUCAUUGCAUUCCAGAACCUGGACAGUGGCUGUCAAUUCUCAUUUGAUGUCCUGCCAUUCCAGAUUAUAAGUCUUAGGUGUUCACUAGCUCAUUGUUAAAUAUCUCUUCAAUGCACUUUCAUAAUUCAGCAGGGUAGAGUUUUUAUAUGACAUAACUCAGACUUGAAUGUAAUUUAUGAAUAAGCAAUAACAUGACACUGUUUCACCUUUAAUUGCAACUUCAUUUGUUUAUGAUGUUGCAAGUUGCACUAUCACCUGUUGAGAUUAUUUAUCUAGAGGUUUUUAUUUUAUUUUUUGUUAUUGUUAUGCAGCAUUUUUUUUCCUCUUCUAAAUAAACUAAUAAAGGUAAUGAUUCAAUUAAUAUUUCAUUGUGAUUCUUAAUUAUAUUAUCAUUCACAUAUUAUGUAAGCAGAAAGUCAAUCUUGACUGGCCAGAGAUAAUAAUUUUGGCUGAUGGGCUGCUGCUCAAGCUCCCUUUGGGGCAUCUUAGAAUUCUGAGGAAAAAUGACUGUCAGUGGGUGAGCAUUAGUAAUCUUUGAUACUGUGUCACUUUGAGUCUCAAGAGAAGUUCUUUUCCCUUUUAAACUUCUCAUGUGAUUAAGGAGGCCAAUCUCUGAUACACAUGCAGUUUAAGAGUUUGGCAUUUAUGAUCACCGGACGCUGCAUUUUCAGCCUUUUACCUACUUCUGGUGUGUUCAGCAUUUCAAUCCAGGCCUCUCUUUAAUGCAUGUUGUUCUAUCCUGUGCUCCCAACUGUUGAUGUCAAUAUUAAACAUGUUUCAAGUCACACACAUAUCAGUGGAUCUUUUGGCUGACAGCCAUACAAUAUGUAUGUGGAAGUUGGCCCUGUGGCAUUAAGUGUACAUGUCCAAGCCAGCCCAAGGCAUCUACUGCUAAUAACAGUGAUGAUGCUCUUUGCAAGACUUCCUCAUUCCUCUCUGAUUUCUAUUGACAGAGAUACACUUUUGGUAACUUGCAUUCCUAUAACUAUUUGUUUCUUUUUUUGUCUUUUUUCGCAAUCUCUUCUUUGCUUAUUUUAACCUUUUUUUUUUUUUUACUUAUUUAGUAUUAGUGAAAGAUGAAUUCUAAUGAAUAAUACAUUUUAUUUUAAUGAUAGAUUUUUAAUAAAAUUAAUUGCAACGACUAAAUAAUGUGAUACUAGUAUUUUUCACAAAACAAUGCAUAAUUGUUGAUGGAAGCUGUUUUUAAAACUUAUUUUAUUUCUUUUGUUUCAACCUUCAUUACAGAACAUCUACUGAAAACAAUGAAAUGUGUGACAUUUUUUUUAUGGAUACAAAGUGUGGAAAAGUGUUGUUUAAAGAAUAUCAAUGUAUUUAGUAAGGAAAGUUUGAGAAAGGAACAGUUUAUACUGGUUUUUAAAUAUAACAUGUUCUCAAAUAAAUAUCUGUUGUGUAGCAUAUAUACAUACAUUAAAAAAAUGAUAAUAAUAAAGCUAAGCAAAAUAUUUCCCAUAAUCUUUUGGAAGAUUUUUAAGUAGUUUAAAAUAACUUAUUGCCAAAAUAACUUGAUUUCAUACUUGAUAGACCAUUGCAUUGCCAGUGAUCUAGUGGGCCUUCUCUACUUGCCAGAAUAACCAACCAGACCAAAGUGUAUUGGUUUGAGGCACUCUCCAUUUUGUCAACAUUAAUUACAUAUCUACUGUCAAUUCAUGUCUGGCAUUCACAUGCAUAUUGUUUGUUUUUUUUAUUUUGUACAACUAAACAGUGGUUAUAUGGUAGUUUAACCUUUAAAAAAAAAGGUUUACAUGUGGGAGCGUAAAAUAAGCUGAUUUAUGUGAGCCAACUAUCACUGAAUGAAUGAUUUAGACAAACUUCUUUAUUUUAUUGAUAAAAAAACAGUUUAACAUCUGAACCAGUUUACAAUGUUUUUAAUACCCAAAAUAUUUAAUACAAUGAUGAAUAAAUUGACAAUUUUCCACAGAAAUUUCAGACAAAUCCAAAGUGGAUUAUAAUAAUCAUUAAAUAGUUUUGCAUAAAUUAACAAUCUCAACCGUUAAAAAUUUUUCUGCCUUCAUAAUAAACUAAAUAAAAAGUAAAUUUCCAACCUCAUCAAAUAUGUUUUAAUGAUUACAAUGUUGACAUCACUUUCUUUUAAAAUUUCUCACACAAUGACAUUGUUUCUCCUGCAUUAAUGAACUAUAUGACUUUUAAGAAUAUUUGGGAGGUUUAUUUGUUCUAAAAAUGUCAAGGUACAAGAAUAAGGAUGAAACUUAGAGCGUAAAAAACUUUUUUUUUCCAAUGACCAGUUAAGAAUGGGCAUAAAUAUGAGAUUUCCCAACUAAUGGCUGCUUCUGGAAGUACUACAAUUUACAAAGUUUUAAAAGAGAUUUUUAUGACAUUUCUAAAAAUGAAGAGACAUUCUCUUGGUGCUUUAAUAUAAAGCUAAAUAUCAUUUUAUAACUAAUAGUCAAGAUCUCCAAUAGUAUUACAUUGAACAAAUAUUAGAUUUGAAAUAUCAUGUACUAAAACUCCUCACCUAUCAUACAACAAUUAAAUGCCACCAAAACUAAUGAAUGCCAAAUUUACAAAUACUACCAUAAAUGCCUUGUUUAAUUAUGAUGUUGGCUUUUCUGGGAGCUCUAAUGUGGGCCAGGAAAAUGCUUCUGCUUUCUUAAGUUCUAUUUCAAGUUUUGUUCCCAGUAAUUUGACAAUACUGCAACUUGGAUCAAUAGCCUGUGAAUGAUUAACAAUUAGUUUUGUUAAAUUUUUAAAAAAUGGCAGAUUCAAACUAAUUCUCUAACCCACCCCACCUCCCCAAGACAAAAUAUCAGAUAACUUUAUACAUUUGUCAACUGUUAGCCCAAAAGUAUAAAAAAAAAAAAAUAA